AUGCCGACCAUCACGCACUACGUCUUGGACCCCUUCCUGGAGACCGGCUCCCUUCCCAACCUCCAGAAGCUUGUUCCCAAGCCGCCUCCAGCGGCGCCGCUACCCCCUGAGAAGUCCUCCGAGAAGCCCAUACCUGUGCCGGUGGCUCCUGCCAGGACCACCACCUUGCCAGCGCUCUACUCCACGCCCGAGAGCACACCGCUGCCAGACUCGCCGUCAUCGUUCCCUGGAACCUGGUCGCCGUAUCUCAUCAACCAUAAACGUCGUGGACCUGGCCUGAUCAAGACAUCUUCCCAGGGUGAUGUCGGAAGUGAGGGUAGCCUGCCGAAGUUUCCCGAGGGGCUACCUGCUUUGCCGAAAAGGUCUGAAGCCUUUCAAGUGCAGGAGUCUGAGUUUAGGUUCACACAAGAGAGUGAUGGUGUGGUUAACAAUGGUGUGGAGGAGACCUUGGAUGAGCAGAAUGAAGGGGUGCAGAAAGGCAAGGUGACCCUUUUUGGCCAAGAUGAGCAGGAUCAGCCCGAGUUCGAGUUUCAGCAUGAAAGUCCAGAUGUGUUGAUGAGACCUGUCAAUGUUGGAAGGCUUGUCAAUGUUGCAAGGCUUGUCAACAAUGGAAUGCCAAGAAAUGGCGAAAAUGAUGCCUUCUUGGAACCUCAGGAUUCACAGAGUGUGACUAGUAACUCCGAGGCUGAGGAUGCUGGUGGGCAGGGGUGGUGGAAGCCCAGUUCUCCUUAUGGGACGUCUGCUGGCACACCUGGUGCAGAAUUUUAUGACGCAUUCGAAGAAAUAUCAAGCGAUGGUGCAACUCGAUCUUCUCGAUGUGUUGAUGAUGAGUACCGUGAAAUGAGGUUAAGCAUGUUGACAGAAAUUGAGGGUAGGAAACAAGCUGAGGAGGUAGCUGAGACCUGGCAAAAGGAAUGGAAAAAGCUGAGUCAUCACCUAUCGCUGAUCGCCUUGUCACUUCCAUCUCCAACUGUAGCUGAGAACGAUGAUGAUACAAGUGCGGAUCCUGGAGCCGAGUUGUGCCAACAAAUAACUGUUUCACAACUGGUAGCCGCUGCUAUUGCCAGGGGAAUUGCUCGUGUAGAAGUUGAAUCAGAGAUGGAAAGUGUAAUUUCAGCAAAGAACUUUGAGAUCGCAAGGCUAUCAGAUAGGGUCCAGUACUAUGAAGCAGCAAACAGGGAGAUGUCUCAAAGAAACCAAGAAGCUAUCGAGAUGUCCAGGCAACAGCGGAACAAGCGUAAGAUGAGGCAGAAGUGGUUCUGGGGUUCAGUUGGCAUAGCAGUUACCCUUGGCACAGCAGCCAUUGCCUGGUCCUACAUGCCCGCAAGCCAGUCCCAGGCAGGGGACUCGAAUAGCACCAACACCAACAGCGAUUAG